CUUAGUAUUAUUUAUAAUUGUGAGCGCCCCUAGUUUGGGGCGUUCCUCCAGAAAAAAAAAAAAAAAUUGUUGUGAGCUUCUACUGCGAUUUUGUGUUUCAUCUCGAUUUUGAGUUUCAUCUCAAGUAAAGUGCUUCAUACACUUUCUUUCCACUCAAUUUUUGGGGAAUUGGGAUUUGUGUGGUGGGUUGAUUGAUUGGGUUUUCGCCGUUUGAUUUAAAACUUUCAGGGCUUUAGCGCCCCUGGCCGUUCAUAUCCAUGAUCAUCAGCGUUCCAUGGACCCAUCUCUAGUGCAAAACUCUCCUUCAUUAGAGGCAGAAGAAGAAGAAAAAGACGAGUGGGACACUGAUGGAUUUGUAAUUCCAAGCUUGGGAAUUGAAGAGUCGAAUCAAAGCAAUCCUGAUGAUGCUCCAAAAGUAGAAUCCUCAAAACCACCUUCUCCUAAGGCCAAAGUAGAAGAAGACAUCUACCUCGGACCACACGGGGCGCCCCCAUCUCAAUCGAAGCAACAACAAGAACCCAUUUCUGCUAGCCGAAAGCAGCGGUUUAAGCAGAAACUGAAAGAAGCAGAUAGGAGAGUUGGCGGAACAGGACGAGAAAACAAGCUAGAAAAUCUUCGAGAGCUUGUCGGUGGUGGUGGGAAAGUUAGCAGUGGCAGCAUGGCUAAAAACACUACAAGAGAUUGGCUUGACCCACAUUGCCAUGAGUCACAGUUUGAGAAGCGGUACCAGCAGUAAGCAGCAGUAGGCAGAGCAGAGCAUCUUCCAUUAUAAUCUUCAAGAGGUUUGUUUAUUACUCCAAAGGUUGUACACAUUUGGAAAUACAUUUUAUUGAGGUUAUGUGUCUUGUCAAUAAAUCUCUACAUGAACCUUGUGGUGUUACUGUUUGUGCUGAAGUUCUGAGAAAAGAAUUUACCUGUGUUCAUUCA